GAAGCAGACAAAGGCGAGGGGAGAGACGGCGUGCCGCUAUCCUGCAGCAUCGACUCUACACGUUCACUCACACUCCCCCCCCUCCCCACCACCACCACCACCACCACCCGAGCACACACUCCCUUCUCUCCGCAAGCAGCGACGCAGACUCUCCGGAGCUGGUCCCCACCACCACCACACAUCUGUCACAACCAUCUCAACCUAAGUCAUCAUGGAGCUAGACUUUGGACACUUUGACGAGCGAGACAAGGCAUCCCGUAACCCUCGCGGCGGGCGCCUGAAUGGACUUCCCAGCCCUACCCACAGCGCCCACUGCAGCUUCUACCGCACCCGCACUCUGCAGGCCCUCACCAAUGAGAAGAAGGCCAAAAAGGUGCGCUUCUACCGCAACGGAGACCGCUACUUCAAGGGCAUCGUGUAUGCUGUGGCCAACGACCGGUUCCGCACCUUUGACGCGCUCCUGGCCGACCUCACGCGCUCUCUUUCUGACCACAUCAACUUGCCGCAAGGUGUCCGCUUCAUCUUCACUAUUGAUGGCAUGACCAAGAUCGGCUCAAUGGAUGAGCUAGAGGAAGGGGAAAGCUAUGUUUGUGCAUCGGAGAACAUCUACAAGAAGGUCGACUACACAAAGAACGUCAACCCCAACUGGUCCGUGAAUGUAAAGGCCUCGGCGAGUCAGAAGAACAUGCAGGCCUUUGCUGCCAGAGCUGCCGCCGAUGCCAGGGAGGGCAAGGACUUUGUUCGACCCAAGCUGGUGACGGUGAUGCGCAGCGGCGUGAAACCACGCAAGGCUGUGCGCAUCCUGCUCAAUAAGAAAACGGCACACUCCUUCGAGCAGGUGCUCACCGACAUCACAGAGGCCAUUAAACUUGAAAGUGGCGUGGUCAAGAAGAUCUACACACUUGAUGGGAAGCAGGUCACCUGCCUUCAAGAUUUCUUUGGAGAGGACGAUGUCUUCAUUGCAUGUGGACCAGAGAAAUUCCGCUACGCCCAGGACGACUUCUCUCUGGAUGUGAACGAAUGCAGGGUGAUGAAGGGAGCCAAAGUUCAACAUGGUUCAAUUAAGAGUCCUGGUCCGAUCAGGCGCAUGAAGUCUCCUGCUGAAUCAACCAACGGGACGGGCUCCAGCAGCCAGCUCUCCACCCCCAACAGUCCAGUCCUCGUCAACAAGCAGAAGGAUCUCUACUUGCCCUUAUCUCUGGAUGAUGAGGACUCCCUCGGCGAAUCGAUGUAGACUCCUGCAGCCUGCGUCCUUUUUGGCCUGAAACACAGAAGUUUUUAUACCUCUGCUGUUUUCCACUUUUACUCACAGUGCCACCUGUUGUCUAGGAGAACCAUUCUUUGUCUCUUUUUAAGGCCUUAGCCUCCAGGGCUAUGACACCAUUUGCUGCUUGAGAAUAACACAAACCCAGUUUUUCUUUUUAUUUCUUAUUAAAUCAGUUUCGACCACGUCGUAACGGUUCAGUUCAGAUGUACGUUUCCAUGUGCAGGUUAGCUGCUAUUUCUCAAAAAGGGGCACACAGUUCACUGACCAGCAGAUUACACGGUGUAAAAAUUUCACUUUGGUCUCAACCAUUUUUGUUAAAGCAUGCACUUUUACGUUAAUAUUUCGGUCACAGAAUUCCAAGCAGCAAAUGGAUAUUUUUAGGGGUGUUAGUCAGCGCUGACUCAACUUUUUUUAUCACUUGUAUUCGUAACGUUCCUCUGUGUCCUCCUGUCCUACAGUCUAAGGUGUGAAAGGUAAUGGCUCCUUGUCAGAGGAAAUCUGCUAAACCUGAUAGUCUUUCUUACCUGCUGUAAAUACUGUGUAUAGCUAUCCAUCAUAACGCUCUGCUUCCAUAACGUCACUACGAUGUCCGUCUAACAUUUGCUCAACAUGAUACAGGGUAUGGUCAAAGUAAAAGAAGAUCCAACAAAACAAAGUCCCACCACAGAGGGUGAGGAUGAGUGGGAUGCAGCUCCCGACUGAGGAUUAUCAGAAGCCUCCUCAAUUCAUGUUCCCACCUGAAUAUAUAAACAAGAGGAUUAUAAAACCAUCUAUAAAUUGACACUUUUAAACCACAGUGGAGGCCUCAAAAUCCUUAUGUUGGCAGUAAUUGGCAUUCAUCUUGUCUAAUCUGGGACAAGGAAAUAACUCUGUAAGAAAAAGCUUCCCACGUAGCCCUCUGUGAAGUCUUUGUGUUGGUGUUUCCAUUAUUUUCACCCUCUACUUAGACAGUAGGCUAUACAUGGUAUACACCAUCUGUGUUUUAGAUUUUCACAAACUGCAGUGCAUGAUAUUGAUGAAUGAUUAUGAAACUUAAGACGAAGCUGAUUUGAAGGAUUUAAAUGGUGCAUAAAAACAACCAAAGGAAAAAAAUAUUGGGCCCUUUUUAAAAAAACAAAAAAAAAAACAAAGCUCACACAUUAAGUAUGCCGUCUAAAUCAUUCCCCUUAUGCCAGGUGGUCACGUAUAAUAGUACAAUAUGUGAAAUUGAAAGAUAAAUAAAUAAAGGUGUCAAAGCCAAAGUAUGUUUUAAGUAUGAUGAUGAUUUUUAGACCAAUAAUUAUAGAAAAGGGAAAAUAUGUAACUUUAUUAGUUAGUAAAUAUGCUGGAGGAAGCACACCUGGAGAUUUAUGCAUGUUACUUUUAACGCAUCAAAAUAACGUUGAGAUUAAAUCACAAAUCCUGCUCAUUUGGGGUAAUUAGAGUUCUAUCAGGGCGCUAAACAGUAGUUGGGUUUCUCCUAUUUUGCAUGGCUCGGCAUAGUUCUCUCAUACAGAAAACUUGAUGUUUGUCUAAAUCUGUGUGGGUUUAAAAUUUUUAUAAAGUUUUAUCAAUUUAUAUCAAGGGUACUUGUCUAGGAUUUCUUUCUAGUUGCUCACAUGAGCUCUUAACACUCGUACUUCUUCUUUUUUUUUUUCAAGCCUCUGUGUGCAACUUUCUACGGCCAUAUUUCCUUUUCUGUCGUCACGACUUGCGUCGUGUUUCUUACAAAUCCACUGAGAAGAGUUUUCUCAGAUCUUUGCAGGGAAUCAAGCCUGAGAAUCGCUAAAUUGGACGACAUUGAAGCACAAAGCAGGGAGCUACUUAUUUCUCACAGCAACGGACACUUUACGGUCUACUUUCCAGCAUUUAAACGCGUGACAAUUCAUUUUUUUUUAUUCAAAUAAAACAUGCUGCACAUGUAGCAUCCUUUAAAUUCUAUGCAUUCGGAUUCAAGAAUAGUUAAAAAUAUUUUGUUUCUUUUCGGUAGGAACCUUUUAUACCCGAUAGCCUAAUGAGAAAUAGACUAAGACAAAAAAAUGUCCAUUCAGGUAAUCGAUUGUGAAGAUGUGACAGUCUGAAAGUUGUAGGAGUGAUCUGGUGCUGAAAGCUACAUCUUUCUCCUGCAGGGAGAGCUGUCACGUCACGCCGGCACAAUGGCUAAUAAUAUCCGCUAAUCCAACAGCAGGGGCACCUCACUUUACAGACCGUUUUGUACAAAACUCCCAAUUGUUGUCACACAGUUCUGUAUAACCUUACAUGCUAACAAUGUUUGUUUUUUCCUUGAUUUUUCUACAGCUUAUUACAGCGCUACAGCAUAUAAAACGUUGGUUGUCUUGUGUUAACCUGCCUCCACCAUGUAAGACUGAUGGUGUGAAUUCAUCGCCUACAGUGGUGCCUUUUUUUUUUUUUUUUUUUUUUUUUUUUUUUUAAGGAUUACUGUCUUUUGAUAAAAAUAAAAUAGGACUUCGAAGGCUUGAUCUUUGUUAACAGCUGUUUGUAAAACAUUUUUAAACGUCGUGAAUGAUGAGGCCUCCCAACACACUUUGUUUUGUAGAGCUACAGGACAAUUUAUCGUGGUGUAAAUACGCUCCCUUCCUGUUCUCUUUCAUAUGUAUGCCUUUCUGAUCGAAUGAAUGACUUUUUGCUUUUCUUGGAAAUUAACAAUGUCCUUUUUAGUGGUAUUUUGCAAUGUCACAGUGGCUUGUUUCAGUGGUUCAUUCAGUGUAUUAACCGGUAUCCUUUUGCAAUUAAAACGGUUGUAUUUCA